AGCAAAAGUGAUAAGAACGUGAAAAGGGGUAAUUGGUCCUCGAAGACUGACUACUUGCUCUCAGUGAUCGGCUGUGCUGUGGGUCUGGGCAAUAUCUGGAGGUUCCCUUACCUGGCUUACAAAAAUGGAGGAGGUGCAUUCCUUAUUCCAUACACUCUCAUGCUGGCACUCGUUGGGAUACCAAUGUUUUUCUUGGAAUCUUCCUUUGGACAGUUUGCCAACCUUGGGCCUAUUGCUGCCUGGAAAGCUGUGCCCAUGGCACAAGGUGUGGGGAUUGCUAUGGUCUUUGUGGCCAUGAUUGGUGACAUCUCUUACUGCUGCAUCAUUGGCUUCAGCCUGUACUACCUGUUUGCUUCCUUUCAAUCACCUCUGCCAUGGGCAGACUGCUUCAGUUGGUGGGGAGCAGAUGAAACAUGCAGCAGGACCCCCAAAGAUCCACUCUGCAACCUCACGCUGGAUGAUGGAUAUUUUGGAAUCGUUAAUACAACAUGGCUGCAGGCAAACAAUGAAAGUUGUCCAAAUGGAUCAGAAAUCUCUGCUCCUCACCAGAGUCCGAGUGAGCAAUACUGGGAUAAAGUGGUUUUACGCCGUACGAGUUCAAUGGAUGAGACUGGAGAGAUAGUCUGGCAUUUAGCCCUCUGUCUGCUUCUGGCAUGGGUAAUAGUUGGGGCAGCGCUAUCUAAAGGAAUCAAAUCUUCAGGAAAGGCUGUGUAUUUCACUUCGACAUUCCCUUAUUUGGUUCUGACCACAUUCCUGAUCCGAGGUGUUACCCUGGAGGGAGCCAGUAAAGGGAUUGAAUUCUACAUUGGGAGCCAGUCAAAUUUCUCCAAACUGGCUGAUGCUGAGGUUUGGAAAGAUGCUGCAACACAAAUUUUCUUUUCUCUUACUAUCGGAUGGGGUAGUUUAAUAACACUGUCAUCGUACAACAAGUUCCACAACAACUGCUACAGAGAUACCAUUGUUGUCUGUGUUGUUAAUUCCGUUACGAGCGUGUUUGCUGGAUUUGUCAUCUUCUCAAUCCUUGGACACAUGGCCCAUGUCCAAGGCAAACCUAUUGCAGAGGUCAUACAGUCAGGUUUUGGAUUGGCUUUCAUUGCCUAUCCGGAGGCUCUUGCCCAGUUGCCAUGGGCACCUUUCUGGUCCAUUUUAUUUUUCUUCAUGCUGCUCACUGUGGGGCUCAGCAGUCUGUUUGCAAGUACAGAAUCAGUUAUAACAGCCCUGCUGGACCUGUUCCCAAAGGUUCUACGAUCAAGGCGCUUUUCUCUGACAAUUUCUAUUUGUUCGUUAUUUUUUAUCUGCGGCCUUCUAUGUGUAACACAGGCUGGGAUUUACUGGUUAAAUUUAAUAGAUCAUUUCUGUACUGGAUUGACUACCAUUAUAACAGCUCUGCUGGAAGUGAUUGGUCUGAGCUGGAUCUAUGGGAUAAACAGAUUCAUCAAGGACAUUGAGACGAUGAUUGGGAAAAAGAACUGGCUCUUCUGGCUGUGGUGGAGAGCGUGUUGGAUUAUUAUCACUCCAUGUUUGCUGGCAGCAAUCUUGUUCUGGUCCUUGGCAAUAUUUGCCCUCCCAACCUACGGACCUGUUGAAUACCCUGUCUGGGCAAUAGCACUGGGCUGGUGUAUGGUUAUCUUCUGCAUUAUGUGGAUUCCCAUUGUGGCCAUUGUGAGAGUUGUCAAAGCUGAGGGCUCCACCUUGUGGCAGAAAAUUACUGGUGCUUGCACUUCGGCUCCAGAUUGGAAUCCAUGCUUGGAAGAACACAAAGGGGAAAGAUAUGAAAACAAACCUGAUUCUGCAGAUGCCCCAGUCUGUGUGAAACUCCUGCCCACUCCUGAGAAAGAACAAUCUCCGUUUUAA